GUAGGCUAUGAUGAUGGUGAUGAUGAUGAUGAUGUUUCGUCUGAAAGCCAAAAUAAUUUCAUAUUUAAUGUAAAUUAGUCAUUGUUUCUAUCUUUUCCUCUCAGGCGUCGACUGCAAGCUGUGGAGCUAUUACUCUCUCGGGGCAGCAAUGUCAACGAGAAGACCAACGCGGAUAUACUCCUCUCUAUUUGGCUGCAAGUUCAUCUCCGGAAUGGACAGAUGGUGUGAAAGCUAUAAUGAACCAGAGCGCAGUUGAGGUUAAUCCUCGAAAUAAAUAUGGUCGCACACCGCUGCACGUGGCCUGUUAUUGGGGAAAGUUGCACACUGUCGACAUUUUGUUGGGUCACAAUGGCAUUGAUGCCAAUGUGGUUGAUAACGAUGGAGACACACCACUGCAUGAGGCAGUUCGGGGGCGAAACUAUAAAGUGGUGUGUGCGAUGCUGAAGCAGGGUUCUGUUCAGUUGGAUAUUCAAAACAAUCAGAAAAGGACACCAUUGCUUGAAGCCGUUUCCCGGGGUCACCUCGGAAUGACACACAAGCUAAUAGCACUGGGUGCAGACAUAAAUGCUGUUGAUGGUGAAGGUAACAGCUGUUUGCACCUGGCCGUGGAAAGAGAAGUGUUUGAUUCCGAGGAUGCACCCUUGGAUUUACUAAACGAAUGCUGCACUUCCCUUAACCUGAAAAUAGAAGAAAGGCUCUCUGGUAUAGUGGUUGCGAGAUAUCUCGCCAGCCAGGGAGCGGACUUUCACCAUAAAAACAACAAAAAUAACACACCAUUGGACCUCAUUAACGACCCAAAUUUGAGAAAAAAAUUAGAAGCAUUUUUACCACCACAGUGUUUGUGGUGCAAAAAUAAAACGGCCACAACAAAAGUUCAUCCCUGUGAACACCUUCUGACAUGUGAAGAAUGUUCAAACGUUCCACUUAAACGAUGCCUGAGGUGUUUGAAACCUGUAACAAGCAGAGGUCGAGUUGAGUCUGUAAACCUGGAUGAGAAACUUCUUCAUAGUGUAGCAAAGAAGUUGGGGAAUAAAUGGCAGCAACUUGGUGAAGAUCGAAAGAGGUAGAAAUCCGUUGGUGCCAAAUCAGGAGAGUACGGCGGGUUUGGCAGCACUUCCCAGCCAUGCGUUUGAAUGGCUUCCUUGGUUAUAUUGGCGAUGUGAGGGCGGGAGUUGUCGUGCAGCAGAAGAACUCCAUGCUGACGAUUAGGUCUUUUCUCUUGAAUAGCUGUGUUGAGCCGUUCCAUCUUUUGAACAUAGAGUUCCGUGUUAACCGUUUGGUUCCGUUCAAGCAACUCGUAAGGAUAAUUCCUUCCCAGCCCCACCAUACGCACAACAUCGCUUUACGCAGAUGAAGAUCUUUUCACGCGCGGUGUCGCUUGUUUACCGGGGUUAAGCCAUUCCUUACGCUGCUUCAUAUUGAUGUACAGGCACCAUUUUCCGACUCUAGUAACGAUUCGGCCAAGAAAUCGUUGCCUGUGUCCAUGAGUUGAGCGGUGACGAGCAAACAAGCCAGCAGAAAUUGUGGCUCGUUGAUUUCUGCUGUUGUCACUUAAAGCAUGCUGAACCCAUGCUCCAUACUUCUGAACCCAUCCCAUCGAGUGAAGAUGCUUCUCUAUAGCAGUGUGAGAGCAUUCCAUU